AUGAGUCUGGAGAUAAAUGAGGUGAUUGGUGUUCAAUUUCCAAAAAUUCAGGAGCCUUCUCAGGAUAGAAGAGGAGAAGAAACACUUACAGCUAGAAUGAGAGAGGAGCUGAAUGAGGUGGUUCAAGAUCAAUCUCCACAAAAUCAAGCACAAUCUCAGGCAAAUUUAAAUGAGGCUGGACCGAGUAGAAGAUACAGUAAAUACAAGAAAGUCCCGACAUUUGAAGUUCAUGAAAAUACCACAUGCGAGGAAGUAUUUGACUAUUUAUUUACCACAGAGAUGAUAGAGUAUUUGGUUGAACGAACAAAUUCCUAUGGAGCUGCUCUUACCAAAACAAAUAGGCCACAUACACGUCAUGCACGCAAUGCUGCCUUUCGAGCAACAAAUCCUGAAGAGAUGAAAAAAUUUUUAGGUCUUACUUCAUUAAAUGGUCACAUUCGUGUUCCACAACAAAAGAAACUUUUUACAUAUGACGACCCCUUGUAUUUUCACCCUGUCUUUAACUAUACAAUGUCUUGCAGAAGCGGAGCAGAAAAUAUUGAAGCCAAUGAAAGGAGCACUGACAAACUGGUACUGCGUUUAAUGCGCCCAUAUCUUUUAAAAGGGCAUAACUUAUUUAUGGACAAUUACUACAAUUCAGUGACCCUUUCUGAAAAAUUACUUGAUUUGAAAACACACACCAACGGCACGCUGCGUAAGACAAGAAAAGACAAUCCUAAAGAAAUUGUACAAAAGAAACUCCAAAAAGGCCAGCAUGUGUGGGAUAGGAAAGGAAAAGUCUAUGUAAGUGCCUGA